AAACAUUUUAAUUUCCGUGUAAAGCUGUUAACUGUUUAUAGUUUAUACUUGAUAGUAAAUCUCUUUGUUUACAACAUAUAUUAUUAAUUGCAUAUAACCUUUAUUUUUAAAAAGUUAUUUGAAAGGAUUUGUUAGAAAAUGACGAACAAGUUAAGUGCUAAGUUCCUUGAAAUAUUUCGGAAUUUGAAGUCAGAUGCUGUACCUCGUCCCCCAAGGCCUAAUUCAUAUCAGGAGAAUCCGGAAGAUGUACAAAAUGAAAAUGUAGAUAACACAAAUAACAUCGGAUCUGAAGAUAUUUUUAAUGAGAAUGAUUUGAAAAAGGAAAAGAAAAAGCCAAAAUAUAAAAAGUCUUUCUCUACUCCCGAACCAGAUCCUACGCCUGUAGAAGAUGAGGAUGAUAGACGAAGCAGUAAUGCAAGCAGUGUGGUUAAUACCCAGGCCACGGGCAAUGUGAUCAACAUUGUUAAUGCAAGUAAUAUUCGUUGGGGAAAUGAGUUUGUUUAUUAUUUGGGGUCUGUAAAUGGUCAGCAAGCUUCACCUAAAGCAAAAACAUAUGAAGAAAAGGUUGAAAAAACUAAUCUCAUUAAACAACUGAUGCAAGCUGAUAUUCAGCCUGAGCAUGAAUAUAUUGAUUAUAUAUCCAAGAACUUGGGUAAAAAUUGGUACAGUAUAUUUAAAAAACUGGGCUACUCAAAAGGACAAAUUGAAACAGCUGAAAUUGAUAAUGCACAAAGUGGUAUUGCUGAGGCUCGUUACAAAUUACUCCUAGACUGGGUAAGAAAUGAUGAUCAUGGAACUCUUGGAAAACUAGCUACUAUUUUGUGGGAAGAAGAUGAAAAGCAUGUUGUUAAAGAGUUAGCUGUCAUUUAUAAAAGAAACCAGGAAUGAUAAUUUUUAAAUAAUGAUCUUUAUAUGAUUAGUAUAUGUUCUAUAUAAUAAUUUUUGUGCCAAUGCUUUUAUACUUUAAAUUUGUAUAUUGAAACUAUGGUGCUACCAUACUAUUACAUUCCAAUGUUAUGGAAAUUGAAUUAUUCGGUGAUAAAAUACAUGUUCCAGGUUGUAUGACAAAUGGAAUUUUGUAAUGUAAAUUAUUAAACAGUUGAAGGGACAAACAGGCUUACAAAACUAAAUCUCUCAACGUUAAAAAUAACCAUAUCAGUUGAUGUUUGAUUAAUAACUACAAUUUGUUGUCAACUAGGAAUAAUAUUAAUAAUUAACAAAUCACUAUUACAUAGAAGGAUAUAUUUUUUUAUGAGGUUUAUAUACAUACAGGAUCCUUGAUUUGCCUGAUCAUGAAUAUUGUAAAUUUA